AUGAAUCAACAUAAUCCAAGACCGUCUCUACUAAGGUCGCCUCCAAGCAUACAGCUCACAACGUACAAUGCAUUGGCGUACACCUCCACCAAUAGCGUGGAACAUGAAGGUUUAGUCAUGAAAAGAUCAAGUUCAUCCCGUUCAUCAUCUGUUCAUUGUAAAUCAGAACUAAGUCGGACACAACAUAAGCUGAUGUUGCAGAGACAGUCUUUUUUGGCAGACGAUAAAAACUACUUGGACCAUCCUGACAACAUGCGAAGACUCACAAAGGAACUAGACAGGGUCAAUCGUGAAUACAAGUGUGUUAAACAGUUCCAAGAUCCAUUAGCCCUAUCCAUCAAACGCGUGACAGAGUUGCAACAACAACAAUUGCCUCUGCUGGUUUCAAACACACCGCAAACAUCAUCUGCUGCUUCCUCCUGGUCAUCGUCUUGCUCAUCCCUGUCUAUACCACCCAAAUUACAGAGAAGGGCUUCAUCGCACACAGUGCAUGAUUACCUGAUGAAUUUCAAGGAAGAGAGACGACACUCGUUUAAUGACAAAUCACAAGGCUUUAUCGGUAGGUUGUUUGGUGCCUCAUCAAUGCAUCAUUCGACACUCUCCUCGUCUCAACUUAAACGUUAUCCACAUGUUGCGUAA